AUGAAUGGAACCAUCAUGGACUUGACACAUGGGACAGGAAAUGUCUGUAGACAGGUACUUUUAACAGACAGUUAAUUUACACCUAACACCUUUACACCACCCCACCUCAUGGUCACCUCAUUAAUUUGGUCACCUUGUUAUUAUAAUCAAUUUUGCUUUCCAAACAAAACAAAUACAGUACUUGAAAAACAAUAUUUAACUUAAAGUAACAUGAUGUUUUAAGUUGUGACCAUUGUUUUGGGGAAGAAUGUGUAUGGCCAAGUCUGUUAUUGUUUUAAUUGUAGAAUUCAGUUAUGUUCAAUGAAGUACCCUUGGUUACUAUUGUAUGCAUAUAUUAAAGUUGUUGCAUUCCAGAUAUUUGUUAAAUAAUUUACAGUUGUUUAGAAAUGUAAAAGUAUCUGUGAGGACCGGUCAAGAUAUUGCUCCUACCCUGUUAAUACAGCUAAAUUUUCAUGAGCCCUUGCUGACUGUGUUAUUAGGGUUCCACUGCCAUAAAUUUAAAUCAAGUAAAUUUAAAACUUACUUCUCCCACUCCAUUUGGAGAAAUGAAUUAUUGAUGUGCAAUUUUGAAUUUGUUACUAGGUUGUAUGGAUGCUUCAUGCUCAGAGUCGCUUAAGAUGCAAGGUAGAUAUGUGUAGAUAUGUUGGGAAAUGGUUGUGUUAAGGACUUUAUCAAAAGAAUGUUGAACACCAAAAGAGAGUACGUGACAUUUUGCUCUCAAAGGUAGUUGUCUGCUCUUUUAUGAUAGUUUUAACUUAAUAUUGAUAGCAAUUGUUAUCAUCAUCAUCAGUAGCUUCUUUAC